AGCAGACCCGAACUGGAGCUAUUCAGCAGUAGUUUCUGGGUCUGGUUGGGAACUGGGAGGUGACCAGCAGCAGAUCGUGGAGAAUAGCUCCUCUAUGAACGCCCCUCAGUCUCUCAGGCUGCUGUGAAUCACUUUUUCCACCUUCAGCGGAGCGAGCUCAGACUGGGUCGUUCCGACUGGACGCACGCGCUCCAGUUUUCUUCGUCUCUCCCAAACUUUAGCUGCACACACACACAGACAUUAAAAGAAAAGUUCGAAGACUUUCUUUGUGUCUGAUGGGAGAUCAUGGGAGCAGCGGGGAAGCUGUCAUGUUUAACCCGCCGAUCAGAAUCUGAGGACGCGUCUCUGCGGAUUUAUCGCCGUUGAUUUUCAGACAUGGAUCUUCAGGUGGUCGUCUGGCUGCUUUACUGCCUUCUGCUGCCGUCCGCCCUGUUAACAGCAUGUCUGUUUCGCUUCAACUUGCUGUCCCUGGUCUACCUCCUCUACCUGCUGCUGCUGCCAUGGUUCCUGUGUCCAAACAAAUACACCAUCAGAGGUCAUACCGGUCGCUUUAUCAGAACAGUUUUCUGCACCAGUCUGCUGUUUGUUCUGGGCCACAUCUGCUUCCAGACUGUCCUGCACACCUAUCCUCCCCUCAGCUCUGCCAUAGGGGACAACUGCUCUCAGUGGGACACCAUAAGCAGGCAUGUGGGACUGUCCAGGCUUCCUUUGGAUGAUCCGUGGAAUAUUCUGCGUCUGCUGUGUCCUGAUGUAGGCGUGUGUUUGGUUUCCUUGGUAACGGUCAUCCUGUGCAACAGAUUGGUCAGGAACAGAGAGAUGGUGGCUGCUGCCAACAUCACCUCGGUAGAAAGUCAUCCUGUUGACCAAACAACAGAUGACGAAGAGGAUGAAGAGACAACAGAUGAUGAAGAUGAAGAACAGAGGUCAUUGCACGGUGACCCUGAUGAGGUUUCUGCUGCAACCAAAGCUGAACAACUGGCUGAACGUCUAAAGGCCACAGCCCGGAAAGCUCUGUGUGACCUUGGGAGGAUCCUGGCCAUCAGCCUGCUGGGACUGGCUGGCAUCACGCUGCCCUCUGCCUUCUCAGCCAUCUACUUCCUGUUGUUCAUUGGGAUGUGCACAUGGUGGGCAUGCCAUCUUCCCAUCAGCCACCUGGGUUUCAAUGCACUGUGUGUGAUGGUGGGCUUCUUCACAGGCGGCCACUUGGUUUGUCUGUACAUGUACCAGAGUGUGCUGGUCCAGGUCCUGUUCCCCCCCCACAGUCUGUGGGCCAGACUCUUCGGUCUCAAGGACCUCAUCAUACCAGGAAACUGCUCCAUGCCUGAUGAGCUCAACCUGAACGCCAGUCAUGACUGGCCAGUUUAUGUCAACCCAGGCAUCCUCCUCUUCCUCUAUGUUGCUGUAACAACUGUCCUCAAAUCAGGAAGUCAUGCAACACCUGAUCAGGUUGAGAAGCAGAGGAAAAUGGAGGAGCUUAAGGAAGACUUAGUGGAGUUAAGAACAUGGAAUCAGCAGAGAGAUGACUGUGAUGAUGACACACAGAUCACACUUGUUUCCGUGACUCCAGAAAGUCAAGAAGGAGCUGUGACUGAAGAAAGUCCACCAGACCUCGGUGAUUGCGAGGCUCACGGUUCACAGCUAAAUGAAAGCCCGUUGUUCCUGCUGGGAAAGGUGGUCAUGCAGCAGAGUUAUGUCUGUGCUCUGAUAGCCAUGAUGGUUUGGAGCAUCACAUACCACAGCUGGCUAACAUUUGUCCUGCUUUUGUGGGCUUGCCUCAUCUGGAUCCUUCGUUCCAGGCGGCAUGCAGCCACGCUGUGCUCUCCGUUCAUACUGCUGUACGGCCUGACUCUGUGCUGUCUGCAGUAUGUCUGGGGCAUGGAGCUGCAGCCUGAGCUGCCCACCACUGUGGGAACCAUGAGCCUGAAACAGCUGGGGCUGGAUCGAGCCCAGUACCCCUGUCUGAGACUUGGAGCAAUGCUUUUGUUUGUCUUGACCUUCUGGCUGCUGUUGCGCCAGUCAGUGAAGGAAAACUUCAGGAGGAAGAUUAAAAUGGCCACACCACUGCAGAAAGUCACUACAGACGAAGAGGGCGCUGGUACUGACUCGGUGCUGAAGCUGCUGGGAGGCAUGGUGAUGAGCUGCUAUGCCAAAUACUGGAUCUAUGUGUGUGGAGGGAUGUUCAUCGUGGUCUCCUUCGCUGGAAAACUUGUUGCAUACAAGAUCAUCUACAUGCUGCUGUUCCUGCUCUGCCUCUGUCUUUAUCAGGUGUACUACUCUCUCUGGAGACAUCUGUUGAAGAUCUUCUGGUGGCUCGUUGUGGCCUACACCAUGCUGGUGCUGAUCACCAUCUACACGUACCAGUUUGAAGACUUUCCUGGAUACUGGAAAAACUUGACUGGUUUCACAGAUGAACAGCUGGCAGCGAUUGGCCUGGAGACCUUUGCUCUGUCUGAACUCUUCACCAGUAUCCUCAUCCCAGGGUUCUUCCUGCUGGCCUGCAUCCUGCAGCUGCACUACUUCCACAAACCCUUCAUGAGAAUCACUGACCUGGACCACGUCACCCCAAAACCCAAGAAGAAGAGCAGUGAGAAGACGGAGGAAGCUUGUUCCAGUAACGCAGAGCUGAACGCUGAGGAGGAACCUGAGGACGAAGUGGAGCUGUCGCCCAGUAAAUGGGGUCUGGUGGUGGACAGGUUGUUGGUGUUAUCCCGGAAGUUCUCUGACAAUCUCGACAGAGUCCAGAUUUUUCUCUGGAGGUUUUUGGAGCUUCACAUCCUGAAGAUGGUGGCCUUUUUCACUGUGUGGGUUGCACUUCAAGAGCCAUCUGUGAUGAAUCUGGUUCUGGUGGUGUUGUGGUCUCUGGCGAUGCCCUACUGUCGCUUCAGACCUAUGGCCUCCUGCCUGUCCACCGUCUGGGUGUGUGUCAUCAUUGUCUGCAAAAUGCUGUACCAGCUCAGAGUAGUCAACCCUGACGACUACUCCCAUACCUGUGACAAGCCUUUAACAAACGACACCAACCUGUUACCGGAGGAGAUUGAGAAGUCUUCACUCUACAGGGACCCGAUAGAUCCAGCCAAAUGGUUUGGCAUCAGGAAGGAUGACACUGCACUGGGAUAUAGUAAGAACCAUUUGAUUGUACUGAUGUUGCUGGUUUUUGAGGCAACUGUGCAUCGUCACCAAGCUCACCAUUACCAACAGCUCCAGCGAUCCCCACCUCUCAUUCCCUCCCUCUUCCCUUCUGCUAAAAGAGACACUUUAGACAAAGGCCUCAUACCUUGUGUCAAGUACCUGCUCAACUACGCCUUUUACAAGUUUGGAUUGGAGAUUUGCUUCCUGAUGACGGUGAAUGUGAUUGGCCAGCGAAUGAACUUUUUAGUGAUAAUCCAUGGCUGCUGGAUGGUGGCCAUCUUGGUGAAGCGGCGGCGAGCAGCCAUUGCCAGGAUCUGGCCCAGAUAUUGUCUCUUCUUGUCCAUCUUUAUGAUCUACCAGUAUCUGCUGUGUGUAGGAAUCCCACCUGUUCUCUGCAUAGACUACCCGUGGAGGUGGAACACUCCAGUUCUGAUGAACUCAGCGCUCAUUAAGUGGAUCUACCUGCCCGACUUCUACACAGAGCCCAACUCCAGAAACCUGAUAGCGGACUUUGUGCUGCUGAUGUGUGUGUCACAGCAAUGGAAGGUAUUUGAGUGUGAACACACAGAGGAGUGGAUGGUUCUAGCUGGAGAGAACUCCGAUGAUCCGGAUCCGAUGGAGGGUCGGCUGUUCAACCCAGCGCCCAACUUCACCAACUGCAGGAGUUACCUGGAUAUGGCUAAAGUCCUGGUGUUCCGGUACCUCUUCUGGUUUGUACUGUCGGUAGUCUUCAUCACAGGGGCCACCAGGAUCUCAGUGUUUGGUCUGGGCUACCUGCUGGCCUCCUUCUUCUUCCUGCUGUUUGGAACAAAACUGAUGAUUAAACCCUCCAGAGGUCGUCUCAUCCUGUGGGACUGUCUCAUCAUCUAUAACGUGGCUGUCAUCAUAUCUAAAAAUGUCUUAUCUAUCCUGGCAUGUGUGUUUGUCUUUGAGAUGCAGACAGGAUUCUGCUGGGUAAUUCAGCUCUUCAGCCUGGUUUGCACCGUUAAAGGAUACUAUGACCCUAAUGGAGUGAGUGGCAGCACAUGCAGCCUCCCAGUAGAAGAAGCUGGAAUCAUCUGGGACAGCUUCUGUUUUCUCUGCCUUUUGCUGCAGAGGCGGGUUUUCCUCAGUUUCUACUUCCUGCAUGUGACAGCCGAUCUGCAGGCGUCUGCCAAACAGGCAUCCAGAGGGUUCGAGCUGUUCAGAGCCAGCAUCAUGAAGGAUAUCGAGUUCCACCGUCAGACUGAGAAGAAAUCACUGUCACAGCUCAAGAGAUCGAUGCAGAGAAUUCGCUCCAAGCAGCAGAAAUACAGAGACGGCCACAAAAGCAGUGGGAAGCCCUCUGAAAGCCAGGCGUAUGGAACUCAGACAGACCAGGAUGGAUCCAGGAAGAAGUGGUACCAGCCGUGGUUGGACCACGCUACAGUCCUCCACUCAGGAGAGUACUACCUGUUUGAGUCAGACAGCGAGGAUGAAGAGGAGCUGAGCGCUGAAGAAAAGAAGCCUCAGAAACAGUCUGCCUGCCAGUUAGCCCACCAGGCCUGGGUGACCAGCGUGAAAGCAGCUCUGAGAGAACGUCAGAGACACCAGAGACGUCUGAAGAAGACCGAGACGAAGGGACAGCGGGAGGUCAUCAAAGGUGGAGAGGAUGAUGUUUUUGAGGAGAACGGCAUGAAGGACAAGAUGGAGGAGGAGCUGGAGGAACCAGAGUCAGUUCAUGGGGAGAUGGUUCAGAAGAUCCUGGACAUCCUGCGCUUCUUGUGGGCCAUUGUUCUGGCCAUGGUGGAUGGACUGACACAGUGGCUGGACCUGCUGACCAAACAAUACAGAGACACAUCCACGGUCCUGUGCAACGAACGUUACUUCAUCCUACACAAAGUCCAGCAGCACCGUGCAGCAGAGUCCACAGAUGAUGGACUGUCUCAGACCAGUGAGAGCUCCACACUAGAAACCUGUUUGGAUGAUGCUGAUGCAGAGAGCAGCAGGACUGAGGCAGGACAGUCCACCCUCAGGUCCACCGUCUGUCUCCUGAGUACAGAUCCCCCAUCCAGCUGGACCGGGUCACCACCAGAACCACAACACAGACACUCCAGAACCGCCAGUGAGCUCCUAUCAGACAGGCAGUUUAGUGUGGAGGAGCUGGAGCAGAGCAGGGAGUUCUUCCAGAACCAGAACCGGCUGCUGAGGCUGCUGCUCUCUAUGUACACCCUGCUGUCGGCCAACUCGGAGCUGUUGUGUUAUUUCAUCAUGGUGCUGAACAACGUGGUCAGCGCCUCCAUCAUCUCGCUCUUCCUGCCCAUGCUGGUCUUCCUGUGGGCCAUGCUGUCUGUUCCCAGGCCCACCAAGAGGUUCUGGAUGACAGCCAUCGUCUACACAGAGGUGAUGGUGGUGGUCAAAUACAUCUUCCAGUUCGGCUUCUUUCCCUGGAACAGUGUUUAUGAGAUGACCAUGAAUAAAGACAACCCUUUCUUCCCACCGCGGAUUCUUGGCCUGGAGAAGACUGACAACUACAUCAGAUAUGAUCUUCUUCAGCUGCUGGCGCUCUUCUUCCACAGAUCCCUGCUCAUGAAGUAUGGUCUAUGGGACCACGAGGGCCCGCUGGAGGACCAGAGCCCUUCAUCAGAGAGUGCAGAAAACACCAGAGGAGGAGAUGAAGAUGUAAAGAGCAAUGGUGAAAGUCAGGAAGGGAAGACAGAGAAUAACAUCAGCUCAGCAUCCACCCUGGAGAACCUGGAUGUUACUGAGAUUAACUCUCUUGAAAAGGGUUAUGUGGACUUUGCUGAACCAAGUACCAGUUCAGCUGCUACACCUGGACCACCUCCUGCUACUGAAACAGAGCCCACCGGGUCAAAGGGUGGACUGGGGAGUAAGAACAAAGACCUAGAGGAAAAUAUGGAAAGAGAUGGAGAUCAGGUGAAGUUGGAAGUCCCAAAGAAACGCAGCGGCAUCCGAUUCCGCAAAAAAAACAAAGAAAUCCAAAGAGGUGGUAAGAAAGCCGAGUCCAUAACCGAGGCUGCAGAAGCCAGUAAAGAACCAGUGAAGAAGAAGCUUAAAGGCAGAAGGAGAGAGGCGGCCAGCCUGAGGAUGCUGGCUGUAGGACACAAGAUAAAAAAUCUCUUCACAUCGGGGGUUCGGCGUGUGAGCAGGCCGGUUCAGAGCUUCUUCAGAAACAUCACGCAGGCUGAUUAUCGAGCCGCCACUGAUGUUUAUGCCCUCAUGUUCCUCACUGAUGUCGUUGACUUCGUCAUCAUCAUCUUCGGCUUCUGGGCUUUUGGGAAACACAGUGCAGCAGCUGAUAUAGCCUCCACCCUGUCAGAGGACCAGGUUCCUGAGGCCUUCCUGGUCAUGUUGCUAAUCCAGUUCAGCACCAUGAUCAUUGACAGAGCUCUGUACCUGCGCAAGGCUGUCCUGGGAAAACUCAUCUUUCAGGUGAUCCUUGUUUUUGGGAUUCACUUCUGGAUGUUUUUCAUCCUGCCUGCUGUCACUGAAAGGAUGUUCAGUCAGAAUUUUGUGGCCCAGCUCUGGUACUUUGUGAAGUGUAUCUACUUCGGCUUGUCAGCCUAUCAGAUCCGCUGUGGUUAUCCUACCCGUAUCCUUGGAAACUUCCUCACCAAGAAGUACAACCACCUGAACCUGUUCCUCUUCCAAGGAUUUCGUCUGGUCCCAUUCUUGGUGGAGCUCCGAGCAGUGAUGGACUGGGUCUGGACUGACACCACUCUGUCUCUGUCCAACUGGAUGUGUGUGGAGGACAUUUAUGCCAACAUCUUCAUCAUUAAAUGCAGCCGUGAGACGGAGAAGAAAUACCCCCAACCUAAAGGACAGAAGAAGAAGAAGAUUGUGAAAUACGGCAUGGGAGGCCUUAUCAUCUUCUUCCUGAUCUGCAUUAUCUGGUUUCCCCUUCUCUUCAUCUCUUUGGUCCGAUCGGUGGUGGGUGUGGUUAACCAUCCCAUUGAUGUCACAGUCACUGUCAAACUGGGAGGAUACGAGCCUCUGUUCACCAUGAGUGUGCAGCAGCAGUCGAUCCAGCCCUUCACUGAGGAUGAAUACAACGUCCUCACCCACAAGUUCAAAGACAAUGCUGUGGCCAUGCAGUUCAUCACUCUCUACAGUUAUGAGGACAUUGUGACAGCCAUGAUUGAAGGAAGCUCAGGAUCAGUCUGGAGGAUCAGUCCCCCGAGCAGACAGGAACUCAUCAAAGAACUGCUCAAUAGUACUGUUGAUGUCACACUACGGCUCGCCUGGAAUUUUCAGAGGGACCUGGGUAAAGGUGGGACAGUUGAACACACCUUUGAGAAACACUCCAUAGACCUGGAACAUGGCAACCCAGUCAGAACAGACCUGGCAGCAUUACUGGAUGGCAACCGGAUUGAGCCAGUACUGGUUUCUAAUAUGUUCCCAAACUACAUCCGAGCCCCAAACGGAGCCGAGGCGAAACCAGUCAGUCAGCUGUAUAAAGGUGAAGAAGAUGAUUACCUGAAUAUAACCCUGUCCCUGAAGAGUGACAGAUCUCUGAACAGCUCUGGGAACCAGGAAUGGUGGGACAUCGCCAUUGCAGGCUGCCCCCCCGCCUCCUGUGACGUCCUGCCCAUGGUCAUAUUCAACGACAAGGUCAGCCCACCCAGUCUGGGCUUCCUGGCAGGAUACGGCAUCAUGGGUCUGUAUGUGUCUGUGGUCCUGGUCAUUGGGAAGUUUGUCCGGGGCUUCUUCAGUGAGAUUUCCCACUCAAUCAUGUUUGAGGAGCUUCCCUGUGUUGACCGCAUCCUGAAGCUCUGCACAGAUAUCUUCCUGGUGCGUGAGACUGGAGAGCUAGAGUUGGAAGAGGAGCUUUACUCCAAACUCAUAUUCCUCUAUCGAUCUCCAGAGACAAUGAUCAAAUGGACUAGGGAAGUCCACACCAGAGACCAGGACUGACGCUGACUUCCUGAUUCAUAUGUGAAGCCUGGUGGACAUCACAUGGAGGAUCUCUGAAGAACUUUCUGCUCUGAUCCAAGUGCCUCACUGUCCAGGAGACACUUUAAAAGAUGUAAAACAGAUGAAAUGACACAUCUCCUCCAUCUUGCUGGACUCAUCCUGUUGUAUGUUUGCUGCUGCUGCACUACUUUGAUCAAACUGAACUCAGUCCAGUAUCCAUCCCACUGUGGGUGGGGUUGGUAGCGCCAUUGCGUCCACUCCUGUAGCAGGACUGCACGCAAGAUCCCACGAGAGCAAAAUCAGCUCUUCCCCCCAUGAUAUUUGUCUGGUGUGUCUUAGACAUGUCUGAUCUGAUGACUGUAACAAACAGUAAAACCUGUUUAAGUGUGUUUAUGUCUGAUCAUGUGAUAUAAACCCCCUCAGGGUGGGUUUCAGGUCAAACUCAAAGUUUGGGCUUCCUGGGAAAUAAAUCAAACAUAGAAAUAUGAAAA